AAAACUACUCUGUGAUCUAUGGUGUACAUGUAAACCACUGAGGUAUCAGCAUGGUUAUAAUUUUAUAAAUUAUUUCUAACUGUUCUAGUUUUCUUCGAGUUUCUUCGAAGGCAAAAGUUGCUGUUAUUAUCACGAUAACGCGAUAUAUUUUGACAUUAUAUACAAUACAUUAUAAUGCAAAGCAAUCAUCAUGUCUGACAAAAGCACGAAGAAACAAACAGAAAACUUGUAUGCUACAAUCUUUUUAAGCGGAGUGGCAGGACUUUCUGCUAUGAUUGGUUUUUGCAGUGCCUUGUCAUCAGCUAAAAAACAAGAUACAAAAAGUUUCGAUAUGGGAGUCCUGGGAGGAAAAGGUCUUCCAGAGUCAGGAGCAAUGCUUGCUACAAGAGCACUUUUUUGGGGUUCUGUGUGGGCGAUUAGUGGAUGUGGAUUGCUUUUUUAUAGUAUUUGGAAGUUCUCUGGAGCUAAAACUGCCGAAGAAUUUCGAUUAAAAGUUGGAUCUCUGUUACCGCGUAUACCAAAGAAUGAUCCUCCUCAAAGUAGAACUGAAUUUGAGAACCUUACCGACUUGCUGAGAUACGUCUCAGAGGAAUGGGGUAAAGAAAAAUAAGCUUGUUUGUUUACAAAUUAGAAUUGAAUGGAAAAAUAAUCAUAAAGAUUAUUUUAGUUUGUAAAUACAUUAGAAAUAAAAUAUUUAAUUUAAAAUGAGGUCAGAGAUGACACGUACAAAGUUGAUAAACAAUUAUUUUCAUACACAUUAAAUUUUGAAAGAAACGAAAUUGUUGUAUGUUCAAAAAGUUCAAGAAACUAUUCAUAAAGGGAAGUAUAUUUGAUGAUUACAUAAAAGUGAUCAAACUUGUUUGCGAGUACAGUCACCUUAGAGAAUACUAUGAUGAUUUUUAUUUUCUAAGUGGCUUCAUGUUUUAAUUUAUUAACGUUAACAGAAACUGCCAAGUCUAAUAUUAUGUAAAAGUAAAAUAUUAUGUUAUAUCUAAUAUUUAUGACAAUUUUCUGUACUAUUGUAUAUAUGUACAUGUGUAAUAGUAAUAAAUAAACCUUAAGUUGUCGACUUGUAUAUAAUGUAAAUAGUAAUAAAUUUUGUAUUGUAACUGUAACAAAAAAUAAGUUAUUAUCCAUGUUGUAAUUAAAUUAGGGGUAACUUUUUGUUUGUAUACAUAAAUUGUUAUACACAUGUAGAAGCAUUGUUUCAUUAAAUGUUUAUAAUAUAACAUUUGUUACAAAUUCAUUAAAUAUGUAAUAUAUUAGCUGUUAUUUAUUAAUAGAUUUUUAAUAUAAUCCUAAGGCAAAAACUUCAUUAAAUUACAAGUAAUUUUUUAGAUGACAAUGAAACGUUAUUAAUUAAAAUCUGUAUUUCCCAAAUCCAGAUGUACCAUAUGAUUAACGAAGAGGUAGCACAAUACAUACUAACACCUAAAACCACACACUUCACAACUUUACAUUUCAGAUAGAAACUUGCAAAUAAACAAUAUUCAUUUUGCAACAAUGUUGCCUUCUGCAAGGGGGCCUUCUAACAAAUUCUGACCUUCAGGGGUUAUCAGGUUCAGGUUGUGUCUGUCUGGUGCUCAGGGGCUGCUCGAUUCUGUCAGGGUCUGUCAUUGUGUGUUGUGUUGUGUCAAUCAACAAGACUUAUGGCAGCCGACGGAAAAAAGAAAUUUUGUAUGAUACUUUUGACUGUAAAACAGUUUGUACAAUACAAAUCGAAACCAAAAAUGAAUGGAAAGUAAUUCUCCUUCAUUUCCUGCUAGAUUUCUCAUUAGUUUCCUUUCAUUUCCUGACACAUGUCUCUUUAAUUUCCCCUCAUUUCCUGACACAUUUCCCUCUAAUUUCCCUUCAUUUCGUGGUACAUUUCCCUUUAAUUUCCCUUCAUUUCCUGGUACAUUUUCCAUUAACUUUCGUUCAUUUCCUGGCAUAUUUCCAUUCAUUUUCCUUCUAUUUUCUGGCACAUUUCCCUUCAAUUUCCUCUGUUUCCUGGUAUAUAUUUUUUUUCAUGUCUUGCUACAAUUCCCCUUAAAGUUCCCUCUCCCCAAUUUGCAACAUUGUUGAACUUUUGAGCGGGCAAAAUUCAACAAUGUUGCAAAUAGCUUCUGGUCAAACUUCGACAAAGUGGCAACUCGGAAGUUUCCAGCCGAAGCGACCUCCCACAUUUUGUUGAACUUUUGAAAUGCAACUUUGCUGUAAUUUUAGCGCUGCAACUUUGUUGAAGUUUCGAGCGGAGCAAAGUUGUCAGAAGAUGUCAGGAAGUGUUAGAAGGUGUUAGGAGGUCUCAGGAGAUAUCAGGACGUGUUAGGAGAUGUUAGAUGGUGUUAGAAGCUGUUAAGAGAUGUUAGAGGGUGUUAGGAGGUUUCAGGAGACGUUAUGAGAUGUUAUAAGGUGUUAGUAGGUUUUAGGAGGUGUUAAAAGGAGGUGUUGGGAGGUAUCCAUGCUAUUCAAAUGUGAACGAAAAGUUAGUGUCAGUCACCGGUGACUAACGCGGCCUGAACGAAAAGUGAACGAAAUGUUAGUUGUCAUCAAGAAACCACGAGUAUGCCCCUGUUAGAUAUCAACCGAAGUUAGCCUGUUUGUAGACCCGGUUGCUAGAUCGUUGGCGCAGAGAUGCCCCUAAUAUACAGCAACCGAUACUAGCCUCCUUGUCGGUUCGGUUGUCAUCUCAUAGGCGCAGAGGUGCUCCUUUUAUGCAGCAACCACUAGUAGCUUUAUUUUUCAAUUCGGUUGUCGUCUCGAAGUUGCCGCGUAUUUGAUUGCACGACUAUGUUGGAUAAAAUAAUACUUGACAAACUAAUUGCAACUGUAAUUAUAUCAAUUACAACUUUUUUUUCAUUAAAAAUCACUAUCAAAUAAUAAGUUACAAAUUAUAUUAUAGAAAAUAAAUUAUUAAUACUUAUUAAUACUUUCUGUAUUUAAGUUUUGUUUUGAUUAGUAUAGUUGGGAAAUAACCACCUUCUUAGAAUACACAUGCGCUCUCAAAAUCGGGAUCUAAAAAAUGUCAGAGUUUCGCCUCUGUAGGAGUAUUUUAUAGUUUAGCAUGCUCAAUUCACUAGCUUGCAGGGAAUUAUGGUAAGGAAAGAUACUUGAAGAUACUUUACCUAAAUUGGACAGAAGGAUUUAAACCGAAUGCACUCUUUCUGAUAUAUACGUGCAUUUAUUCAAGUGCGUAUUAUGACAAGUACGAAAUUGUUAAUUUUGUAAUCGAAGAAGGUUAUUGUUACUUCAUAUGUGUUUAGUGAAGUUUCAAUAUUAAUUAUUCGUAUACUAAGAAGUUGUU